GCGCGCAGUCCAUUUGAAGAAAAGCGGGCUGGAGAUGUUCUCUCCCCUGCGCUCGCGCUUACGGGUUCUCGUGUCGACGAUGACAGACGCGGCCUCAGGACUGCGGCAGCAGCGGCGUGGAGCGCUGUCACAGUGAUGGCGGUGACGGUGUUCUCGAAACGGCCCUGCGUCCGAGAAGCCGUUCACCCUCAAAGCUCCGCUACCUACCUUGUGACUGAAACCUUACUCGGGAACAGGAGGCGACCUUACUGUCGCUACAAAAAGCGGCCAACAAGAACGGUCCUCUCUAGGUUUGCGUCGUGAGGUGACAGAGUUGAGAGGCAGACCAUGUCUCAGAAGAAGAUUUUUCUGCUCUUGGUGGCGAUUAGCAGCGCGCUCCUGCUUCGUCACGGGGGCCAUGUGAGCUGAACCUUGCACGACUAGUAGUGAAAUCUUCAGAGACAGCCGGUUUUGUUCUGAGGGUAUAAUGUGACCAAAGGUAAAGAUUGUCACAGGGUAUGAUGACUUUUUAUCGGCACUGCAUAGCGUAAUGUCUCUCAAAUGACGAUGAGGCCCUUCCACCUGAGCUACUCCUCACUGCGGUCACCCUCUGUCUCUGGCCUGAAGACCAAGCAUACAAGUAUUGCUUUCUUGAAGACGCACAAAACAGCCAGCACCACUGUACAGAACCUCCUCUUCCGCUUCGCUGAACGCAAUAACCUAACAGUGGCGCUGCCAAUCCAGGCGUGUGACCACCAGUUCUGCUACCCACGGACUUUCAGUGCCCGCUUUGUGCAUUCUCACACCAUGUCCCCCCAGGUCAUCACUAGUCAUAUGCGCUUUAAUCAUUCUGAGCUGCGUCGCUUAAUGCCCAAUGACACUGUUUAUAUAACCAUUCUGCGGGAGCCGGCCUCCAUGUUUGAAUCCCUCUUUAGCUACUACAACCAGUAUUGCUUGAGCUUCAAGCGUGUCCCUAAUGGAUCUUUGGAAGCUUUCCUGGAGCGGCCGUGGCAAUUCUACCGGCCACAUGAGAAAGACUCCAUGUAUGCUCGCAACACGCUGACCUUUGACCUGGGAGGGGACAAGGACCGGUCUCCCAAGGACACAGCCUACGUCAAAGGCUUUAUUGGUGAGGUGGAGCGCAUCUUUUCGCUGGUGAUGAUUGCCGAGCACUUUGAUGAGUCACUGGUGCUGCUGCGCCGCCUUCUGGCCUGGGACCUCGAGGACAUGCUGUACGUGAGGAUGAACAUGCGCAGGCCGAGCUCCCGUCGCAGCCUGGGCGCUGACCUGCCGGCUCGCAUACGCAGCUGGAAUGCACUAGACACAGCGCUUUACGAGCACUUUAACAAAUCACUGUGGGGGCGGCUGCGAGCACUGGGGCUGGGCAGUGUAGCGCGCGAGGUGCAUUUGCUCCAGAGCGCCCAGGUCAGACUGGUACAGGGCUGCUUUGGGGGCCGCCUUCCCCAGCUGCGUCCUGCUGCCUUCAUUAGGAACAAGGAGCUCCGGCCCUGGCAGCCAAGUCCCAAGGUGGAUAUCAUGGGCUAUGACCUGCCACCCAACGCCUCGCGCCUGGGCAGAGGGGCAGGCAUCAUGUCACACGAGCUGUGCGUCAAGCUCCUCAUGCCGGAGGUGCAGUACUCCCGGCUACUCCUCCGCUCUCAGUCUCAACGCUACCGACGGAGCCACUCGCUGCGGGUCCCUCCACCCGAGCGACCCAUCCUGGCACACGCUCACUCGACAGCACGGCCUCUGACCCUUACCAGCCCCACUCUCAGCUCCCAGGAUACGGAUGCCCGGAAGCAAGCAGGGGCUGUGCCCCAGGUGCUGCUCAAAGAGCUGCUAUAGGUUUGACUUGACUCCAUGCCUUCAACAACAUCUUUUCUGCCCUCACAGGAGUGGUUGCUGCACAACAGGCCCUCAUCCAUCCUCUCAUUCCACACACCAUCACACUACAGAUUCUCCACUUCCUCCUCACUACAGACCUUCCCUCACCUCUUAUCUUCCACUGCUGGCAUCAUUACACACUUCUGCUGCAGUGCAGAAUUACCCCAGCCCUCAAACUAAUCCUUGGAUUAUCUUCGGACAAGGUCUAGUGCAGUGUUUCCUAAGGCAGUCCAUGUUUUUGCUGGGAGGUAGCAAAAAUGUGGACUGUCUGGGGAUUCCCGAGGACCGGGGGAAACACUGCAAUAGAGGACAACCUCUAGUUCAAAUUGUAACCAGUAUACCAGUGCACAUUGUAUAGGAAGGUCUCAGGCUAUGAACACUUAAAUAAGUUUUGUACACUUAAUAGGAGGCUAAGGAUCUAGGGUGGAUAUAAUAAGUAUACACACCCCUGUUAAAAUGCCAGAUAUUUAUGAUGUAAAAAAACCAAACAAACAAAUAAAUCAUUUCAAUACAUUUCCCACCUUUAAUGUGACCUAUAACCUGUACAAUUCAAAUGAAAAAUAAACAAAUCUGAUAGUUCGAGAAAUAUAAAAACUAAAUCUUAGUAGGAUUUUCCUGACAUUUACCCAGUUGCAUCCUACAGCAAAAUCCAUGGUACGCAGAGAGUUAAAAAAGCAUCAAAGGAAUCUCAUUGUUGAAAGAUAUCAGUCAGAAGAAAGGUACAAAACAAUUCCACUGCAUUAGAUAUACAAUGGAAGAUGGAGUGAAGUGGAGAAUAUAUAGGACAAAAGUAAUGUUAUCGGUUUCUGGACGUACUUCCAGAAUUGAUGAAAACACAAGAUGGAAACUGGUCAAGGAGGUUGUGAAGAGGUCUACAGUAACACUGAAGGAGCUACAGGAAUUUCUGGCAAGUACUGGUUGUGUACUAAAUGUGACAACAAUCUCCCUUAUUCUCCAUAUGUCUGGACUAUGGGGUAGGGUUGCAAGAUGGAAAAACAUGGCGUGGCUAAACUUUGCAGAAAAACACAUCGUCUCCCAAAAGCAUUUGGGAAAAUGUGUUAUGGUCUCAUGAAACCAAGGUUAAACUUUUUGGCCACGAUUCCAAAAGGUAUGUUUGGUGCAAAAACAACACUGAAUAUCACCAACGGAACACCAUACCCACGAUGAAGCAUGGUGCUUUGCGAUUGUUUCUCUUCAGCAGGAACUGGGACUCUAGACAAGGUUCAGGUGUCUGGUAGAAAGCUGAAGAUGAAGAGGAAUUUCACCUUUCAGCAGAACAAUGACCCUCAGCAUGCUUCCAAAUCAACAAAAGAAUGGCUUCACCAGAAGAAAAUGGAAGUUUUGGAAUGCCCCAGCCAGAGCCAAGACCUACUGUAAAUCCAAUUGAAAAUGUGUAGGUGACCCGAAGAGGGCUGUGCAUAAGAGAUGCCCUUAAUUAAAGGUGCUUCAACAAAGUAUUACUUCAUGGGUGUGCACACUUAUGCAACCAACUUAUAGUACAUUUUAUACAUUUUUGUUUUACAUAUUUUUCACCCUAAGAGAUUUGUUUUUCAGUUGAAUUGAACAGGUUUUAGGUCACAUAAAAAAUGUUUCAUUUUUAAGUUUUGAAAUGAUUUAUCGUGAUCUAAUUUUUUUGACCUCACAAAAUCCUGGCAUUUUAUCAGGGCUGUGCCCACUUUUUAUAUCCACUGUAGCUCAACAACCCUGUAGUGCACCUGUGUAGUUAUGUCUUUUUUGUCUUGUGAGGCGCUACUGUGAUAGUAUUUUGUCAAUAAUUAUCAAGACCUUCUGUGUAGAAUAUAUCAACCUAGACCCCAGUAAUUUGGAUUUAUCAGAAUAUAUAUAUAAUAUAAUUCAAAACCAUACAAGCCAUAAGUAAUGAAAAAUAAAAACAAGUAUGUCAUAAAAGCCAAAUGGUUGUUGGUAACACAAGUCUAGAUACUUUAUUUGCAGUUAUCCACUUGCAUGCCAGUUGCUAGAAUUAGAACAAACCCUUAAAGCGCCAAAUAAUCAUGGUGCAAAGACUGUGAGAUUUCCUACUUAAAAUGCAUUUUCCAGGCUGAGAAAACACGCACUUUGGAAAUUUUCCCUGCUGACAGGGCAAAUGAAUGACACAAUAAUAUGAGAAUGUGUUUCUGUGCAUUAUUUACUGCAGUUUCUUUUUUCAUGAUAGAUAUAAAUGGUCAAUGCAACUGUGCAAAUGUUGGUUUGCUCUAAAUUAACAUUUAAUGUUUCAGUUUCAUUUAAUGUUAAUGUCUGAUAAAAGGUGUUCGUAAACAAGAAUACAGGUACAUAAUGUUGUUAACUUACAUUGUUGCACUUACCUUGCUUCUGCACUAAAUUGCUUGUUAUGAAACGUGCAUUUUUCUGUCAGCAUCUGCUUUUCCAUGGUUACUUUACGGCACACGUUAUGCAGCAUUUAAUUCAUGUUUUAUUUUUAAAAAAUGUUGUGUCUCUGUCCCUAAAAGAUACUUAGUCGCUAAUUUAAAGCUGUUGUUAAAACAACAUGCAUGUUGUAUUUAAGCUUUUUAUUAAAAAAUCCAUUGUUUAUUUAGUUUCAAAUGACAAGUGAUGAACAACACGUGCAGUGAAUAUCCUGCUCAGCACAUUCAUAGACAAAUGCAUAUCAGCCUUAAAUGCUACAACACAGGUAACAACUGUAACCGCAAAAACAAAACCUAAAGUUUAUGAUUUCACUGUACUUCAGAUGUAUGUAAAUUUGAAAGAAAAAAAAUAACCAGCUUUAUAAAAAUUAUUUGUAACUGAUCUAUUGUCACACAAUGACUCCAGGCACUUGGUAAUAUUAUUUUUAUUUACUUCCUCAACUGAUAAAGUAUAAGUAAAGAAAAAUCUGGAGGGCCUCACCUAUGCCAGACAUUCUGCACGAGGGGCCCAAAGUCCAGGAAACGGAUAACUGUUGGUACUGGAUGAGGUGUCCAAAGAAGUCUCAGAACAAGAGAAACCAGGAGCAGGAACUAGGACAAUCCAACACAACUCAGACAUAAAAGCUGGAGGAGAACAUACACAGUAAACAAUCCUGCAAACAAAACUACAAUGGACAAAAAUAGCCCCAGAAACAGAACAACAGAACCGAGCCAAGCACUGAGCAUUGCCGGAAAGAGCAAUCAGACUGAGCCCAGUAUUUAGAUUGGAAAUGCAGUCUAAAUAGACCUUGAAGCACCUACCUCUGGUUCAGACGAAGGACACAAAGUUGGCUCAGUCACAGUCCCCAAGGUAGCUCAAUGCACUGGCACUGAAUUCACUACUUUAGUUUUCAAAUGUCAACUCAAUUUAGAGCACCUCCAAUAGAAGGAGCUUAUGACAUUCAGCUCUUCACAGAGACUAACGAGUCAGUGAUUCAGCUUUAUGUGGAAAUGCUGAUGAGACUCACUUUUAACCUGUAUGAAUGAACAAUAUAAAUCUACAGAUAGGCUGAAAUAUCUGUCAAAAUACCUAAAAAUCACAUCACAGUGACGGAUUUGCAUUUAAUAAAUAAAUUCAUUGGUUUCUUUCCUGAACUAUUUAUCACUUGCACUCUAUACAUUUAGCUGAAAUGUACUCUAUUUACAAAUAGAACAAAAUCAUGCAAAGGCAUGAAUUGUAAUCAUGCAGCUCAAAAUGACAAUAGGGAUUGUUAAAUAUAAAUAUGUAUGACAAAACAAGCGAUUCGAUUAGUGGAGUGACAUCUUUAUUUUAGCAUAUAGUCAUGACUAAAUGUUUUGAGAAUGACAUAAAUAUUGGUUUUCACAAACUCUGCUGCUUCAUUGCUUGUAGAUCUUUUUCUAUUGUAUACUGCAGUAUAAUUACAAGCAUUUCAUAAGAGUCAAAGACUUUUAUUGACAAUUACAUUAAGUUUAUGCAAAGAGUCAAUAUUUGCAGUGCUAGUCCUUCUUUUUCAAGACCUCUGCAAAUCGCCCUGACAUGCUGUCAAUCAACUUCUGGGCUAAACCCUGACUGAUGGCAGCUCAUUCUUAGAGUUUGUAAGAAUCGGUGGGUUUUUGUUUGUCUACCUGCCUCUGGAGGAUUGACCACCAGUUCUCAAUGCGAUUAAGAUCUGGGGAGUUUCCUGGCCAUGGACCCAAAAUGUCGAUGUUUUAUUCAACAAGCCACUUUUGCCUUAUGGCACGGUGCCCCAUCAAGUUGGAAAAGGCAUUGUUUGUCAUCAAACUGUUCCUAGAUGGCUGGCAGAAGUUGUUCUCGGAUGAUGUUUUGGUACCAUCCUUUAUUCAUGGCUGUGUUCUUGGGCAAACUUGUGAGUCCACUCCCUUGGCUGAGAAGCAACCCCACACAUGAAUGGUCUCAGGCAUGACACAGGACUGAUGGUAGUGCUCACCUUUUCUUCUUCAGGCAAUCUUUUUUUCCAGAUGCCCCAAUCAAUCAGAAAGGGGAUUCAUCAGAGAAAAUGACUUUACCCCAGUCCUCAGCAGUCCAAUCCCUGUACCUUUUGCAGAAUAUCAGUCUGUCCCUGAUGUUUUUCUUGGAGAGAAGUGGCUUCUUUGCUGCCCUUCUUGACACCAGGCCAUCCUCCAAAAGUCUUCUCCUCACUGUGUGUGCAGAUGCACUCACACCUACCUGCUGCCGUCCCUGAGCAACCUCUGCACUGGUGGUGCCCCGAUCUGACAGCUGAAUCAACUUGAGAUGGUCCUGGCACUUUCUGGACUUUCUUGGGCACCCUGAAGCCUUCUUCACAAUAACUGAAGUUCUCCUUGAAGUUCUUGAUGAUCUGAUAAAUGGUUGAUAAAAGUGCAGUCUAACUAGCAGCAAUAUCCUUGUCUGUGAAGCUCUUUUGUGCAAAGCAGUGAUGACUGCACAUGUUUCCUUGCAGGUAACCAUGGUUAACAGAGUAAGAGCAAUGAUUUCAAGCACCACCCUUCUUUUAAAGCAUCUAGUCUGCCAGUCUAACUCAAUCAGCAUGAUCUCCAGUUUGUCCUCGUCAACAUUCUCGUCUGUGUUAACAAGAGAAUCACUGAAAUGAUGUCAGCAGGUCCAUUUGUGGCAGGGCUGAAAUGCAGUGGAAAUGGGGUUUUUUUUUGGGAUUAAGUUCAUUUUCAUGGCAAAGAGGGACUUUGCAAUUAAUUGUACUUCAUCUGAUCACUCUUCAUAACAUUCUGGAGAUUAUGCAAAUUGUCAUCAUAAAAACUGAGGCAGCAGACUUAGUGAAAAUUAAUAUUUAUGUCAUUUGGCCAUGGCUGUAUAUGUGUGUUCAGUGCUCAUGCUGUACAUAUUCAUGCCAUUUUGAGAUAGGAAAAGUUUUGUAAAUAAGUAUAUGUAAUUUAAAUCAGCUGUAAAGGUGUAGCUAUAUUUUAUAUAUGAUAUUGUAUGCAGUGGCCCAGUGAGCAGCACAGAAGCGUCACAUCUGCUAGCUCUCUCUAUCUGCAUUGUGUAUGCUCUCCCCAAGGCCAUGCAGGCUUUCUCUGGGCUCUGUAGCUUCCUAAUGAAAUCCAAAAUCUAUGCUAAUACUACAGGUGAACUGGUAUUUGUAAAUCACCAAUUCUAUGUGACUGUGUGCCCAGCCAUGGACUGACAUCCUGUCUGGGGUGUCCCCUGCCUUAUGUCUGGCCAUUAACCGGCAUUUUUUCCAGGGUGUCCCCUGCCUCAUGCCCUACCAUGGACUAACAUCCUGUCUGCAGUGUCCCCUGCCUCAUGUCCGGCCAUUGACUGGCAUCUUUUCCAGGGUGUCUCCUGCCUCAUGCCCUACCAUGGACUAACAUCCUGUCUGGGGUGUCCCCUGCCUCAUGUCUGGCCAUUAACCGGCAUUUUUUCCAGGGUGUCCCCUGCCUCAUGCCCUACCAUGGACUAACAUCCUGUCUGCGGUGUCCCCUGCCUCAUGUCCGGCCAUUGACUGGCAUCUUUUCCAGGGUGUCCCCUGCCUCAUGCCCUACCAUGGACUAACAUCCUGUCUGGGGUGUCCCCUGCCUCAUGUCUGGCCAUUAACCGGCAUUUUUUCCAGUGUCCCCUGCCUCAUUCCCUAGCAUGUACUGGCAUCCUGUAUAGGAUGUCCCCUGUAUCAUGUCCGGCCAUGGAUUGGCAUCCUGUCAGGGGUGUCCCCUGUAUCAUGCCCCUAGCAUGGAUUGGCAUCCUGUCAGGGGUGUCCUCUGCCUCAUGUCCGGCCAUGGAUUGGCAUCCUGUAUAGGAUGUCCCCUGUCUCAUACUCCUAGCGUGGACUGGGAUCCUGUCAGGGGUGUCCCCUGCCUCAUGUACUGCCAGAAUAAAUUGAAGUAUUCUGAGAACAUGAGGCACAUUCUCCCCUGGGUGUUGUGCUGCUGCCUGCUUUUCAGCUGAAUGAUUAUGUGCAUGAAAUCGAAUUAGGAACAUUUUACGAUACCUAUAAACAGAAAUGUGUUAAGAAUAUUUAAUUAAGAAUGUAUUUAUUUCAUAUAAAACAUUUUAGUUUGUAUAAAACAUGUUCAUUAUAUUUUGUUUUACUGUGAAAUGUAUGGUUUUAACGCACAGA